UCACGUGACCAGAAAUCUCCUCCAUGCUAUGCUAACGGUGUGAAUCAGCUGUUAGCUCGGUGCUAACCGUCACCGGACAGUCUCAGGGGGAGAGUAAAGAUCUAACCCGGAUAACGAUGCGCCGCCUCGGCUCCGUUCAGCAGAAGAUCCCGUGUGUGUUUGUGACGGAAGUGAAAGAAGAACCGUCCAGAAAACGGGACUGUCAGCAAUUUCAGGUCGUCGCCACAGAGAACGUGAACCCUGUUGCUCUGGAGGCGAACAUCGACUGUGCGCUCGCCACAGAAAAACUCGACGGCACUUGCUGUUAUGUUACAGAACAUAAAGGGCAGCCUCACCUCUGGGCUCGACUCGACAGGAAACCCAACAAACAGGCAGAGAAGAGGUUCAAAAAGUAUCAGUACUCUCACGGGAGCUCCAAAGGUUUCACAUGGAACGUAGAGGAAGAUUUUAAGACGGUGCCUGAGACGUGGAUCCCAGCACACAGAGUCAAACAUCACAACGGCCAUCCAGUGCCUGAUGAACACGGACACAUUCCAGGCUGGAUUCCUGUGGACAAGGACAACAAACAGUACUGCUGGCACUCCUCUGUGGUGGAUCCCGACGUUGGGGCAGCUCUGGUUCUCAGGCCCAGCGCUGAUGAUGAAGACUUGCUAGAAGUCACAGCAGUCCCGUUGACCGACCUCAUGGAGCAAACACUGGAGCUCAUCGGAACCAACGUCAACGGAAACUCUUAUGGCCUGGGGAAUAAGAAGCAGCCCGUCCACUGUCUGGUGUCACACGGGAGUAUACAGAUCAGAAACCCUCCACCAGUGGACUUCCAGCAGCUCUGCUCCUGGUUCCAGGAGAGUCCAGAGGGACGAGUUGAGGGCAUCGUCUGGCACUGCAACGACGGCACGCUCCUUAAGGUUCAUCGUCAUCACCUGGGACUGAGGUGGCCAGAUGGGGAAACUUUCCUCGGGGACAGGUCGGUGGUCGUUCGUGUGGAUGGGACGGUUGAUGAAUACAACAACAGUAGGGACUUGUUUGCUUCCUUCUCCAGACUGAACGGACAGCAUUUCAGCCGACUGUUGGACAUCCAUUUUGACUUUUAAACAGCCUGCGACAAUGAAACGUUCCUUCUUCUGAAGCUUCUGCUGUGACCCUGGAAGAUUUGUCACUUUGAUGAUAGCUGCUAGAUAUUCUCGCCAAUAAUUCCAGAGGAGGCGCCUCAAGAGUUUGAUUUGCAGAAAUUUGUACAGGACCUGGACAACUGUUUGGCAACUGAAAUUGUUCAAAAUGUUCAUUAAUUAACUGUAAAUACUGUAUGUUACAGCGCUUUGACUGCUGAAUGAAUAAAUCAUGACAAAUAUG